UCCGCGCUCAGAUCAAACAGCGCUCAGACGCAGAGACACCGAGGAGCCCGCAGCUCUCAGGCUUCACCUCCUCGUCCUCCGUCCGGAUCAGCUCCUCUCCGCCAUGGAUAGUCCUCGGGCUCGAGCCCUCCUCUCCGCCGGAUAAACUUCGGACUUACCCUCGUGUCAUUGGGAAUGUAAGGCUGCAGUCCGUGCGCUCGGCCCCGUGGAUCUAUACUUGUCUUGAUGGAAACCAUGUCACCGCAGCAGGGGACCAUGGGACAGAACAGGUCCGACUCUCUGACGGGAGAAAGCAACAAAAAGAAGAUGAAGACCUUGGCCCAGAGGCGACAGUCAGCUCCCUCUCUGGUCAUCAGCAAAGCACUUACCAGAUCAAGAAGCACCUCCAGGGAAAGCUGCCUGACGCCAGUCAGCCCAGAGUCCUGUCCCCUUGUCCAGGCCUUCCUGGCUGAGUGUCCGGGCCGUGUGUUCCUGGGUCAUGCUCAGUCACAACUGAAGACGGGCCUGCAGACCCAGGAGAGGCACCUCUUUCUCUUCACUGAUACUCUGCUCGUCGCCAAGGCCAAGUCUCCCACUCAUUUCAAAGUGAAGGCCCAAGUCCGAGUGUGCGAGAUGUGGAUGGCCAGCUGCAUAGAGGAGGUGUGUGAGGGAAGCACCAGCCCAGACAGGAGCUUCGUCAUGGGCUGGCCCACCUGCAACUAUGUGGCCAGCUUCAGCUCCGAGGAGCUCAAGGACAAGUGGUUGGCACUCAUCAAAAGUCGGAUAGUUGAGGGUAAAGAGAAGGACGACCCCAAGACUGUUCCUCUGAAGAUAUUUGCAAAGGACAUUGGAAACUGUGCUUACGCCAAGACGCUUGCGGUCAGCAACAGUGACAGCACCACCGAUGUCAUCCGCAUGGCUCUGCUGCAGUUUGGCAUAUCAGGCUGCGUUAAAGACCACCGGUUGUGGGUGAGCUCCAGUAAGGACGACCCCCCAUACCCUCUCAUUGGCCACGAGUUUCCCUUCAGCAUCAAGAUGAGCCACAUUCGGGACGGUGGAAGCGGUGGUGGAGGAGCAGGGAGGGAUCCAUCAACUCCCACAGACUGUCCAGGGGUGCUGCUGCUGGACCAGUGUCUCCCACCAGACACACAGUGCCAGUUCAUCCUCAAACCCAGCAAGGUCGUCCCAGUGCAGUCUCCGCUCAUAGAGCCCGGUCAGCAGAAGACUUUUAAGAGGAAGAGGUCUCUGAUCAACUGGCCUUUCUGGAAAGGCUCCAACACACAGCUGGACGGCCUGCCCCUGUCCCCGACCUCGCUCUCCCCCACUCAGGGACGGCUGUUCGGACGACCCCUGAGCUCCGUCUGCACUGCAGAGCCCGGCCUGCCCAAGCCUGUCAUGGACAUGUUGGUGUUCCUGUACCUGGAGGGGCCGUACACCAGGGGCGUCUUCAGGAGGUCAGCUGGGGCCAAAGCCUGUCGGGAGCUUCGGGACCGACUGGACAGUGGUGCCGAAGACCCAGAGAUCUCACACCAGUCCGUGUUCGUCAUCGCCGCUGUCCUCAAGGACUUCCUGCGAAAUGUCCCGGGCAGCGUGCUGAGUGUGGAUCUGUAUGAGCAGUGGAUGGAGGUGAUGGACGGGGAGGCGGCAGAGGAGAGGAUGCAGGCUGUCCAGAGGUUGCUCCACCUCCUGCCCAGCGAGAACCUGCUCCUGCUGCGACACGUGAUCGCCGUGCUGCACUGUAUCCAAGGCAAUGCCCACGACAACCAGAUGAACGCCUUCAACUUGUCCGUCUGCAUCGCACCCAGCAUGCUCUGGGCUCCGGCACCGAGCACCCCCGAGAUGGAGGGGGAGGGCACAAAAAAGGUGUGUGAGCUGGUUCGCUUCCUCAUAGAGAACUGCUGCAGCGUGCUGGGGGAGGACGUCACCUCGCUGUUCAGGAGCUUCAGCCAGAAGAGCAGCAGCAGCGACCACGGAUCAGAUGUGUCAUCCUUCCAGAUGAAUGACUCAUCCUACGAUAGUCUGGAGAACGAGCUGAACGACGACCCCGAGUCUUCCUACCAGGAGCAGCUGCCCCUCCGCGACAAAGACAAGCCGGACAGCCGCAGCCGCGACUCUGUCAUCACGCUCAGUGAUUGCGACCCUGAUCCCGACCCUGAGACCGACCUCCUGCUGCAACUCCCCCCGCUGGCCAGACCCAGGAGGUUCAGUCCUGCAGUUAGACAGAACCGCACCCGCCAGGCCAACGGCCAAUCACAGGGUCCCAGGAGGCUGAGGAGGAGUUCAGAGCCCGCCUUGGCAAUCACAACGCCAUCAGGCACAGUUACUGCGCACGUUGAUAACCACUGCCUGCCAGUGCGAAAGGCAAGCUAUGAUGCUGCGAUGGAGGGCGAGGAGGACGAGGUGUUUCUGGAGCAGCGGCUGAGCGGGCUGCAGCUGAAGGAGGAGGAAGAGGACGGAUGUGAGAAGGGCGGAGCCAAAGUCCAGAAUGGCGGGCGGAGGAAGACGAAGCACGCCCCUCCGCCUCCGUUGCGACUGGAUGCCAGCUUCUCCAGUCUGUCGUCACCGGCAACCUCACCCACAGGCUCCUCCCUCAGCUCUUUAGACUCCGCCUUCUCACAGUACUCGACUGACUACACCACCAAUGGGGUGAUUCCGGUGGCUGAGCCGGCCCCUCUCUCCCCCGUCUCUCCUGGUCGGCCCCAGCUGUCACCCAGAGGCUCCCCACCUCAGAGGGAAGCUCCGCCUCAUUGGCCACAGCCCACACAGCCCCCUCGGAGCAGCCAAACCCCCUCCCACCCUCAUGGCCUCCACCCUAACACAUGGCUCAAGAGGGAGCGCCGGCUGUCGCUGAGGCAGCCUGAUAAUGGACACACAGAGGAGGACUUGCCUGUGGUAAAUGGGAAGACCCACACAACCAGUAACGGCCACUCCAGCGGUGCCCAGGAGGCUGUUGCAUCGAAUCAAACCUGCCAGCGGAGAUCCAGCAGCCCUCCGUCCUACCAGCAGGCUCUGCUGCAGCUGCAGCGCAGCCGCUCUCCUUUCUACAGGGGGACAGAGAAACCUCUGACGGUCAGAGAGCUGAGGCAGCUCCACGACCAGGUCUGCACCUACAAACCCCCUAACAACCCCAAACCACACACAGGAAAUGAGGUCACACAGAGGCUGGCUAGAAAUGACUGCAUGCAGCCCCCACAGGGUGUUUUCUACGGACAGAGCGCCACCACUCUGGUCCUCCAGAGGCAGAAGUCCCACUCCCUCACUCCAGCCAUGGAGGCACCGAAAGGGACGAAGACCCUCACCCUUCCACGGCGAGCAUCUGAUCCUGCCAAGGUCAGUGCAAACCCCGCCUCCAACGUCACCCUGGACAGACCCCGCACUUCAAGAGCCCAGCCCCAAGAUGGCGGGCUGAGAGUGUCAGAGGUAGAGCCCAACCACUCCGAGCCGCGCUUCUGCCUGUCUCCCUCCGCCACCCAGACUGUAAGGGACUACUUUUCCUCCCAGGGUCAGGAGGAUGCAGACGCCUGCCUGAGGAGGAGUCAGGAGGUGGCGCUGGCUAUUGUGCAGGGGAAGAGGGAGUGGCAGAGCAGGCGCUGCAGUGACCCACGGGUGGACGAGUUCGACCAGCUGUUCUUUGCAGAAGAGUCGUACGUGUGAAUAACUUUGUACAGACAGACUGUGUGUGAGAGAGACUGCUUCUUAUCUGACGUGUUCAUUUGUGUCAACUGUUUUCAUUGUUGAUGUGAUAAUAUUCCUCCACAUACCUUCUUUUUCCUUCUGGCAGCAGUAUAAUGAGUCCAGUCCAGAUAGGUGUUACUGUAACGGUACAUCCAUGGUGUACGAUUUUGUAAGGUACAGAUACGCUUCAAACCUCCGUGUAGUGAAGUAGUUGAUUACACAUCACAAUAUUUUACAGUUAAGUUUAAAAGAGCUUUCAUUUAUUCGACAUUAAAGUUACUUUAAAAAGUAUUCAGUGUGGAUGCCACAUUACAUGGAUUCAGUACAGAGAAGAUGGAGUUUAACGGGACAUCUGGAUCCAUAAGAAAGCGUUGAAGGUGUUGUCAAAGGAGGUCAGCGUCACAGCUCUUGUGCCAAAAUCUGGUUCCUCUGAAAAAUAUUUUUCUCCGGCAGUGUUUCCUUGUUUUGCCUUUGGAAUGUGUCGAUGCUUUUUUUCAGCUCUUAAGAAAAAAUGAAGGAAGAGGAGUUCCUCAGAAAUGAAAAAGAAAGGACAAAGAGGUCUUUGCUCAUUUUCUGGAAACUCAGAAAAUCAAAUUACGUUUUUAUCAACGCAAAUUCCAUACAGACCAAUGAGAAAUUCAGGCUACGGUCUGUUUUUAACAGCAAAAAAUGCAACAAAAUCUGUAUAAAAAUUGAUACUUCAGACACAACAAACCUUAAUGCUGCUCCCUGGUGCAGUAAUGACAACAGUAUGGUCCUGAUGCUGCUGUCUUCUUGCAAAUACUAUGAACAUGCUUCUAGUUGUAUCUACAACACCACCUGUGUGCCAGAGGAGGAGAGUUUUAGGGCAUGUGCCCCCACUGUACAUACUUAUUCAUUAUGAAAACAUCUUAGACGUCUUAUUGUAAUGGUGUUUGUACCUUUUAUGACCAAGUGCAUCUGUAUAGUGAAACAUUCUUCCCCAGAGGGUGAAGCGUCUGUCUGUCUGUCUGAACCAUAGAAUAGGACCGGUAUUUAUUCAUAUGAGCCGAGUUUCCAGACACACAGCACACAGUGUUGUCCUCUGAAGCUCUGGUUUAUAUCGCUGUGACCUGAGAGGGAGGGGACAGGAGGGGGAGUAAGAAGGAAUAACGGUUGAGUAUAUGUGUGUGUGUGUGUGUGUGUGUGUGUGUGUGUGUGUGUGUGUGUGUGUGUGUGUGUGUGUGUGUGUGUGUGAAAGAAAGUCAGAUUGUUGCUGAAUAUGAUGUGAUCACUGACAGCAUGUCCUGAGCAGGAAUGUGAGAGAACUUGUGCCAUUUAGGGAGAAAUCUCGUGUAUUCUUGCUUUUAUAACCCAUCAAUACUCUGUCACCGAAAAAAACAUUCAGUCUCACAAAUUACCUGUUGAGUGUGUGUGUGUGUGUGUGUGUGUGUGUGUGUGUGUGUGUCUGUGUGUGUCUGUGUGUGUCUGUGUGUGUCUGUGUUUGAGUCUGUGUACGUGUUCGUCUGCAACUGUUGUAUGCGUUAUCUAUAAAAACAGGAUUUCUUUGUUCCAGUGCUGUGGCCAUUGCAGUGCUGAUUUCUUUGGUGACACUUAAUAACUGACCUUAUCUCAGUGUUCAUUCACUGCUAUGAAAGAUAAAACGUAGAUAAUAUAUUCUUAGCACAACGUAAGAUCAGUUCUCAUGAUCAAAAUAGAUGUAGCAGGGUUCAAACUCUAUUUCAUUUUUUUUUAAACCCUUUGUUUAAAAAUUGACAUGAACUUAAGCUUGUACCUUGUAUGAGUAUUAACACAGUGUUAUUAUGAACUUAACAUAGCUUUUCCACUGGAAUAAGGUCAUGUUGAGUGUUGCCAUUAUGAACAAAUGGUCUCGAAAAGUACUUUACCCUGUAUUAAUGAUAUUGAAAUUGUUAUCUUCAUUACAGUGAAUUGUCCAACGUGUAUAGUUCUGCAUAUUUAUGAUACAGAAAUAUAUAAUUAUAUAUAAAUCUAUUACCUUGUUAUUUUUGGUAUGUUGUGUUGUGUGAGAAAAUCAAAUGUGUAUUUUUGUACAUGCCAAUUCUGCUGCUGUUGUCUCUAUAGAAAGUAUAUUUGCUACGAAACGCACCAUUUGUAUAUUGUGUACAUCUGAUGUCCAAUGCUCACGAGAACAAGGUAUCAUUGAUUUUAAUAAAUGUUGCUCUUGUGAAACUA